AUGUCUGGAUCCAUCCCCACCUCCACCUCGGUCAGCGAGUCAGCCGUCAUCGACGCGUCGUUCAGCGAUGUCUGGCACCUGAUCAAGCUCCAGGACUUCAGCAAGUUCUGGUCCAAGCUCGACAAGAGCGAGUUUGUCAAGGGCACCUCAGAGGAGACCGACAUCGUCAAGUGGACCUUCAAGGACGGCGCCGAGCUUGAGGUCAAGCAGGAGGAGCACUCCUCCAUCGACCACUUCAUCACAUACUCUGUCAUCACCUCCAAGCCCGAGCUCUCUUACUCCUCCGUCGUGUCCACCAUCCGCGUAUACCCCGUCACCUCCGGCGCACACGAGGGCAAGACCUUCAUCACAUGGUCUGGCAACUUCAGUAGCGACGCCGAUGCCAGCGUAAUCCAGGAUGCCAAGUUCAAGCGCCGCGAGGCCCUUGCCGACCUCGCCAAAGUCGCCUCCAAGAAAUAG